AUGAACACAAAGAUCUCUGAAGCUCUCAUUCCAUUUCGCACUGAGUGGGUUGCCCCAGGUGGUUUCGCUGGUCUUUCAGGAUGCAAGACAUUCGUCAUCGAAGAAGACAACCAAAAGCUUACAACAGACUUAGAUGGCAAGCUCCUUGUCAAGCCAGACAAGCUUACAGUUAUCUCCUACCUUGCCGGCAAUGAUCCAGAAACAGUCACAAUCGGUGAGUCAUACAUGCUCAUCAGAUCAUACUCCUUCGCUGGCUCUAAGGUCACAGGCUUCAAGGUAAAGAGUGGUACAAUCUCUGUUUGCGAGCACGCCUUCGCUCAGUGCCCUAACCUUGUCAACAUCGAAAUUCCAGACUUCCUUACAUUCACAACAAAGGGCCUCUUCCAGGACUGCGAGAACCUUGAGUCCGUCACAUUCAGAAGUGUCACAACAAUCAUGAAUUAUACAUUUGCUGGCUGCAAGAAGCUCAAGACACUCAACGUUCCAAACCUUCAGACAGUUGAGGACCAUGCCUUCGACGGCUGCACAUCCCUUGAUGGCGACUUCACAGGAUUCAAGUCAUUGACUUCCAUUGAAGCCUUCGCAUUCAAUGGCUGCGCCUUCAGCACACUUAAGAUCCCAGCUUCUGUUACAUACAUCGAACACCAUGCUUUCGCUAACAACCUUCAGCUUAAGGCUGCUUUCUUCAACGGUGCUUCCACAAAGUUUGACUCAUUCCUCUUCCGUGGUGAUGAUAACCUCUUAAAGGUUGUUUUCUAUGACAACAUCGCCGAAAUCGAAGCUGAUACAUUCGAUGGCACAAAGCAGCUUGGCACAAUCAUCUACUGUGGCAAGAACGCUCCACAGCCAGCUGAUGUCAAGAUUGUCCACACACCAGCUCUCUAUGUCUUCACAACAAACGAGUACUCCGGAAACACAUGGGCUGGCAUCAACAUUUACAAGAAGAUGCCACAGUGUGAAAUCGCUCCAUUCACACCAACACCAGUCCCACCAACACAACCACCAACAAAGCUACCAACACUCCCACCAACACAGGGACCAACACCACUUACACCAACAGCUGCUCCAGGACCAGACAACUCCAAGACAAAGAAGAUCAUCAUUGGUUCAGUAGUCGGUGGCCUUGGUAUUGUUGUUGUCGCUGUCCUCGUUUUCUUCUUGUUCUGCAGAAGAUCAGGAAAGGCCGAAGUCAUGAACAGCACACCACUCCUUUCCAACAACUAA